AUGCCUCCUUCGUCUCCAAUUUUCAAAGUCAUCAAGCGCGUCCAGCAAGCUUGCGAAAAUUGCAGAACUGUGUCUAUGGUGGUGGAGAUGCUGGUAGCCACAGCCCGUCAGCCAACUGGAAUCGCCCAAGCUCUAAUCGGGACCUGGUAUGAGGAGCACGUUGUUCUGUUGCUAUUGCGGUCUAAUCCUUCCUCCAAGGAACAUCGAAUGGCGCAGCUCGAAGACGCGAUGCGUUCGGUGAUCUCUCGCACUGGGUCAUCCGAUGGUCCUUCAGCAUUCGAUUCGACACGACUAGACGCCAGAUCUGAGACCCGAUCCGAACAAGAUGACCACCGUGCUUUGUCUCAGUCGAAAAGCCUCACAAGGCCCGGCUUUCUUCACGAAGAUUUACUUCCACCACCUGACUGUCUCUCCGAGAUGACCUUACUUUAUCGGCGACACUGCCAUCGACAGCCUGUUUGGUUGUUUGACGAUGUGGAGCUUGCAUCCCUUUCCCAACAGCCGGAGGAGUUGCUGCUGGCGAUACUGGCGCUAACGACAAGGUUCUCUGCAAAUCCCUAUUUCCACCGCACAGAUAGGAUUGACAUGGCACAGCGGUUCGGCGAUGCUGCCCGGAACCUGGUGAUGCUGAAGAUCGCGAACGCAGGUGUCAGGUUCAGCACCAUCCAAAGUCUUUGUCUCCUUGCCUACGCGGGUUUUGCAGCCAGAGACACGUUUCUCGCCCCGCUCCACUUGAAUCUAGCUCGGGAUCUGUUGAGAUCGGCUGGCUUUGACUUACGCUCGGCGGGUAAUCAAGUCUCCUCGGCCGACCAGCCGAUACAGCGGCUAUUCUGGAGCAUCUACCUCCUGGAGCAGCUGUACGGCACCCAGGGUAAUCGGACAAUAUCCUUGAGAGACGGCCUCGACAACAUCCACUACUGUGCCACGGUAGGCGACCACGCCAGGCGCCCGCUCACGUUGGAACCACCUCAAAUCCCCGAGGAGGCCUCUGAUCAUGGCGAUACACACGAUCAGGGGAUCUGGAACUACACUUUAUGUCUGAGCACGCUGUGGAACGAGGUCAGAAACUACAUCCAUUUGUGCGCAUCCGACUUCGAAAGGGCGCCGUGGGCGCCGGAAUCCUACUACACGCUGAUCGUUUCCUACAUGCAUGAAUUGGAGACACAGCUGCCGCAACCUCAUCGGGCCAACUGCAAGUGGUUCUUCCAGUGCUCUCUGGAGACCCUGGACAGCGAUAGAUCGUAUUGGACGCCCUGGGUGUUUCUCCAACUCAGCUAUCAUGGGAUUUAUACCGUCAUUAACCAUCCAUUUCUUUUGACCUCCCGGUUACAAUCUCUCAAGCUGAAAAUCCCCAACACCUUCUGGAGGACUUCGUCGGAGGCGGCCUUGCUGCAUUCGACCUGGAUCGUCCGGUUGAUCAGCAUGGCACGCGGGAAGGACUUCGAGCUUUCAGACCCCUUCCUGAGCUGGGUCGUGGGGGUGGCCGCAUCCGCCCAGCUUUUCUACUGUUGUUCCCAGAAUGACGAGUUGAGACUGACAGCACGGGACAACUUCGACAAGUGCAAAGCAUUCAUCGAUGACCAAGCCAACGUGUGGCAGUGGUGUCGUGGCAUUAAGCGAAACUUGGAAAAGCUCGCCGAGCAGGCCUUCGGUGACGAUCUGGUGUGUCAACCGUCCCAGGUGAUCAGCAUCGACACAACGGCGAUUCUGGAGAUCUUCGACUAUAGCCGCUGCCGCGAAGCCGACCCGGCACGUGCCGGUGGACGGGUACUAUUCGAUGGAAGUCUGUCGCUGAGAGGCGACCGGGCGGGCAGCCAACUGGCAACCAUGGAACUGUCUGAGAACAUCAGUGACGCCGCCGGUCGACCGGUGGCACCCCCAGUCUGGCGACCCGCGACGGCAAGUAGCGACCCGAGUGACCGACCUGCGCCAAUGCAUAUGGAACUUCUCCCGGACUCGGCCGCCACGCCAUCCAUCGUCCCGAUCGAAAUUGUCCAUGACUCCGAAAUCUUCGAUUUGCCCACCGCGAACUUCAGCGACGGGCUCCUUCAAAACAUAUUCUGUCCGGACUUUGAGUGGUGGGACAUCGACGCCUGAUCAGUGCCGACGUCAUUCAUGUCCAGGCCUCGACAUCCGUCCAAGGUCAUAAUCAAGGUCCCCGUACAAUGUCGCCGUACAUGAUAUCAGGAGCAUUAUUUGUACAGGACCGAGGGGCUGUCAUUACAUGCAUCCACAACCGCGGAAGAUGGCUAUUGGUGCAUCGCGCCGUCACGCCCAUACCGGAGAUUUGACUACGACUCCGCUUACAAAAGUAUGCGCCGAAUUGAGAUUCGCCAAUUGCGCCUGCCACUUGUCAGGGAGCCAGUGUACCUUGUUUUCAACCAGCCCGUGACUGUUCAUCAACUGGGAUGCCUAUCAACGACACCAAUACCGCAUCAUGUCGAGGUGCUAUCGUUGAAUAUGACAUCGACCGCUUCGACACAUGAUACAUUACGAUAGAAAAAUGGGAUCCCGUGCAAAUAUAUCAG